AUGGCGAAGGCUAGAGAGGAGCCUCCGAGGCAGAAGCGGCGGCUCCAUGAGGUCUCCAAACGCCUCCCCAACCCUUUCAAGCUGAAGGCCGCCGAGGAGAGGGACGGCGCUGAUCAGGGUAAGCGGAGGAAGGGGGUAAAGAAGCUUAAGAGGGAGAAGAAGACGGAGUUUGGGAAUGGGAGGGGGGAGGAAGAUGCCGUUGCGCGGGAGAACUCGGGGGGAGAGAUAAAGAAGCUUAAGAGGGAGGCGGAGGAGAAUGGCAACGGGAGGGAGGGGGAGGACGCCGUUGAGCAGAAGAGCAAGAGGAAAGAGGCGAAGAAGCGUAAGAGGGAGAAGAAGGCGGGGGAGAAGGGCAAAGGGAAGGAGGAUGGGGAGGGAAAAGGGGGGGAGAAAGUUGGAGUUGCUGAAAGUGUCAGUCUCUCAGCCUCCUCGCCUUUCCUGCUGUCGACUGCGCCGUUUGAUCAGCAGCUUCAGUUCUUCUGCAAGCAGUUCGAGUUUGGGAACAAGUUUAAGAUAUCUUCUCUUGAGCUGGAACCCGUCAAAGGUACGCCUCCAUUGCUCGCCCGAAUUUUCUUCUCCCAAAAUUCUUGAGCAUCAUGGUUGCAGAAAUCUUGCCCUAAAAAGGGUACCCCCCGUUCCCCGAUAUAUUUUUUUUUCUGGUGCAUCGUGUUGCCCUGCAUAAUACGUAUUUGACCAUGUGGGUUCCCCUCUUUCGGACCAGGUAACGCUGGAAAAUGGAGUAUUUACAGAUUGUCACUCGCUUCUCUCUUUCAUGAAGUUUUUACUUAGGAUCUUUAUUAUAAUAUUUUGAUAAGUAUUAAUUCAAUCUUGGUACCAGUAUGCAUAUAUAGUCCAGGCAUCAGUGUCGACAUUUUUUUUUCUAAAUCAAAACUGGAAAAAUCUACAAUCAGAAUAUCUUCUUUCCAUUUUUUUCCCUUUCCAAAUGGACCAGAUUCUUCUCCUAGAUAAUCAUCAACAUCUGUCCCUACCAUAGAUUUUUUUUUUAUGAUAAUUUCGGGUAAUCAUGAAUACAUUUUCCAUCAUGGGAUUUCUAGCAAUCGUUGAAUUUUUCUGAUCACUGGAUUAAGAAUUAAUCCGCCAUCUGCAGGCACAUGUAUUGCCAAGCUUCCUAAGGGCGUUAACCAGGAUGUUGAUGCCUUGUGCAAACACGUGAAGGACACUUUCGGGCCAUCGUGGAGAAGUGCUCUGUGUGAUGGGAAGCUUAUGGAAGGAGAGAUCGAUCCAGGAAGCCCUGCCAUCCUUCUUAUCAGCACAUCGGCCACAAGGUCAUUGGAACUUCUCAGGUGGUGAACUCAUCUUCUUUGACGUCGUUAUUUCUUUUGUUGACUUUCAAACCUUGGGAACUGACUAUAAAUGGGGUUCUGGGGACUGAUAAUCCUCAAAUGGGUCAUCAUUUUUCUUCAAGGUUUGACCAUCCCGAUCCAGUAAACCCAAUGUAUAUACACUUAUUUAUAUUUUUUUCUCCCUGGGGGGAGAUGAGCUGCUGUUUGAAAGGGAAGAUGAGGAAAGUGCAAGGGUGGGGACCCAGAACUUGGGAGCUAUUCUGAGAUAGCUUACGAUCGAGAUGCCUAUGCUUUUUAGCUUUCCCCGUCUCAGAAGAUUCUCUCUCCUCGUGAAAUCCAAAAGCUUUCAACCCCUUAGCUCCUCGUGAAAUCCAAAAGAAAAACAAAUACUUUCAGCAUAGAAGAGCUGAAAGUAUUUGUUUUUCUUUAUCACUUUGGUAUGAACAACCUGUGAAUGGGACUAAUGCGAGCCCCCCCAUUGUGUUCUCAUUCUUGCCUUCUGAAAUGGGUAAUUUUCACGGCAGAGGCUUGCGACCCCUGACAAUGGAAUGUCGUCCGGCAAAGUUGUUUGCCAAGCACAUAAAAGUGGAAGAUCAGGUACGUGUUUCUCCCUGCUUCUACCAGGUUAAUUCCUGUUUCCUAUUCACUUGUUGAGGUCAGAAUGGGAAUUAUCACCAAUAAUUAUCAUAAUUUUAGCAAAGUUCGAAUUUUUUUUUGGAUCCAAUCUUCGGUAAGUUGUGUUCUAAUAAUCGUAGAGUUUACCUGGUGCUUCAGUUUCCCUUUUAAGGAAUUACCCUGAAUAAUCGCCCCCACCCUUUUUUUUUUUUUUCUGUUGUGUAGGUAUCUCUUCUGAAGAGCCGGGUGAACAUUGCCGGCGGCACACCGAGCAGGUGGGCUUAUUUUCUCUCUCUUCUGGCCGUCCCUCACCCGUAUUUUCUCUCUCAUCAGCCCGUAGAGAAGAGUGAUGCAUUCCUUCAACCUCCCCCCUUACAGGAUUAAGAAGCUGAUGGACAUGGAAUCUCUGGGGCUCUCGCGCUUGUCUGUCAUUGUUCUUGAUAUGCACAGGGAUGCAAAGGGCUUCUCCCUGUUCACCCUUCCUCAAGUGAGGUAUGGAACUCCCCCUCCUCCUCCUCCUCAUCCUUCUUACUGAGCGACUCUUGUUCUUGGGGUGUGAAGAAAUUCCUAAUUAUGGCACUUUAUGCUUCCAGAGACGAAUUCUGGGACCUGUACAGGAGCCACCUGCAUGGGCGGCUCAUUGGAGGCAAUCUUCGGAUCUGCUUCUAUGGGUCGAUACCAGAGAAGGAGUACCGGAAGACCCUGGCUAGGGGAGGGUCGUAG